AUGGCUCCAAUCGAAAUCACUUUCCCAAGCAACAACAUCACCCUUUCCGGUCACCUCUACGUCCCCGCCUCGUACAAGGAAGGCGAGCGCCUGCCCGGGAUUGUCGUCCUCCACCCAGGCGGUGGAGUCAAGGAACAAACCGCUGGUACCUAUGCCGCUGAGCUCUCCAAACACGGUUUCAUCACCCUGGCCUUUGACCGUCGCACUCAAGGCGCCAGCGAGGGUACUCCCAGAUGUGUCGAGGACCCCUAUGCCGCCAUUGAAGACGCCAAGUCUGCAGUGACAUACCUCACGGCCAACGACAAGGUGGACCCCAAGAGGAUUGGAAUGCUCGGUGUAUGCGCGGGGGGUGGAUAUGCAGUCGCCACAGCCUCUACUGAUGCUCGUGUCAAGGCCAUUGCCGGCGUCUCUAUGGUUGAUAUUGGAUUGCUCUUCGCAGGAUCGAUUCCGGAGGAGACCCUUUCUUCGUUGGUUGCUCAAGCUGGAGAGAACAGGACAGAGUACGCCAAGGGAGGCGAGGUCAAGUACCUUCCGUUCAUCCCCGCGGAUGUGAAGGACGGCCCGGUCUUGAUGAAGGAGGCUUACGACUACUACCUGACGUCUCGUGCAUCCCACAGCCGGUCCGUCAACAAGUUUGCCCUUUGGAGCUAUGAUUCUCUGGUCGCAUUCGAUGCAUUCGCCAGGAUCGAAAGGAUCUCCCCUCGUCCAUUAUUGCUGAUUGCAGGAACGGAUGCAGAUACCUUUGAGCACAGUCGAAUUGCGAUUGCUAAAGCAGGAAAACCGAGCGAGUUGUUUACUAUUGCCGGAGCCACACACGUGGACCUUUAUGACCGCAAGGUCAGCGACUGUGUCCCCAAGUUGACCGAGUUUUUCAAGAAGAGCUUGUAG